GCGCAUGCGCCACCCGUGUUAUUGCUCAACGAAUUUGCCGUUAGUAUAAAAAUGUUGCGAUACCCUGGAGACGACACAGUCCAUCGGAUUCCUUUGCACAUCCAUCCAACUGUGAGCAGUCACACAACCCAAGCAAAAUGAUCGCCAAAUUUGUAGUCAUCUUCGCUCUCGCCGUUGCUUCCACCAAAGCUAGCGUCGUGGCACCUGCAGCACUUGUAGCCCCAGCGGUUGCUCCUGCUGCAUACGUCGCCCCAUAUGCUAGCUCCUACUCCGCACAUGCCGUCAACCACGCUAUCGCUACACCUGUCGUUGCUCCAGCCCCAUACGUAGCUGCUGCUCCGUACGUCGCCCCAGCUGCCCGUCUCGUUGCCCCCGCUGCUCCCUUAAUAGCCCCAGCUGCCCGUUUAGUUGCCCCAGCCGCUCCCCUAGUGGCCCCAGCGGCUCCAGUAGUCGCAGCCGCUAAAUACUUCUUAUAAACAAAUUUGGUGAUAUCAUUGCCUAGUGACUUGCUCAACGUUUUUUAUACAACUAUUUUAAAAUAAAUUGUUAAUUAUGAUAUAAGAAAAAAA